AUGUGGUCCAAAACCAAGGGCAUCGGCAAGAAAAACUUCGACAAAGCUUGGGGCGCCCUGGACAAGCUCGGUGCGCCCGUCAACCGACUGAGUAACAAACUCGGCUCCGAGGCCUUCUGGCCAAUGUCGCUAGGCAAGGAAAGCGAAAAGGUCGCUCGCAUUCUGCGGAGCUUCUGUAAAGAUGGAGUUUACGUCGAAGAAUUCACACAGUCGACGCCUCCGCCGACAAACGGGAAUAAUGCCUUGAAAAAACACAUCGACAAGCCGGUUGGAAAGCCGAAAGUGUUGAAGAAGAUCCCGUCAGAGGUUAUCCGACAGGCCAAGGGCUUGGUGAUUUUCACUGCCAUGAGAACGGGACUGUGGUUCAGCGGUGCUGGAGGUAGCGGAAUCCUGCUGGCCAGGGUUCCAGAAACCGGCGAAUGGAGCGCACCCUCCGGAAUUUUGCUGCAUACGGCUGGACUGGGGUUCCUCGUUGGUGCAGAUAUUUACGACUGCGUCAUGGUGAUCAAUACAUACGAGGCGCUGGAAGCAUUCACGAAAGUCCGCGUCACCCUGGGUAGUGAGAUCAGCGUGGCUGCCGGUCCUGUUGGGAUAGGAGGAGUGUUGGAAUCGGAAGUGCAUACCCGUCGGGCACCCAUCUGGUCAUAUGUCAAGAGCCGGGGUUUCUACGCCGGUGUACAGGUGGACGGAACGGUUGUUAUCGAACGGAUGGACGAGAAUGAGCAAUUCUAUGGUCGGAAAAUCCCUGUCCAAGAUAUUCUGAAGGGCAAGGUCUCUUCUAAUCAUCCGUCGGUGAAAAUUUUAAUGCAUACGAUCCACUCGGCGCAAGGCGAUAAGCAUUUCGACGAGGCUCCCGCUGGGAUGCAGGCGCCUACAGGACCGAGCCCUAGCGACUAUGCACCCGAGGAUCUUGCACAUAGCAAUAUGGCAGAACCAACAGCAGGUCCGCCGAUGGGACCACCGACGGGGUUCUCAACGGGACCCCCAAUGCCAGGAGGUCCAACAGGUCCAACAACGCCACAUAGCGGCGGACUAGCGGCGGAAUAUUAUGCUAGCGGAGCACAGCAAGGCCCUCCGCCUAGAUACAGCUAG